GGCUGCGCUUGCGUUUUUCUGCCACUGUUGCUAUAUGCAUUCCAAAGCUCUGGUACCAUGUAGCUCAAGAUCAUUGCAGGUGUGUCUGUGUGCUGCGCAUGGUUCCUGGACACCGGGAAAAAACACGCACAUUGGCUUUAAAAUCCUUUAUCUUGUAUUUUAAUCGUAGCUUCUUUGGAUUUAUGAUCUCGCUUAUCUGUAUGUUUUAGUUCAUUUUGUUAGUUACAUCCGCAGUGUCGCCACGGGAAAAAUAAAAAUAAAAAAUCUUCGCUGAUCAUCCCCUGAUCCCGUUUGCCUUUGAAUGGGCUGUGCUUUGUGAUUAUCUGCAGUCACUUUAGAGUCAUUUCUGGAAGAAGAUGGCGGACAGGGCUGAGAUGUUUUCUCUCUCCACCUUUCAUUCCCUGUCUCCUCCGGGCUGUAGGCCAGCUCAUGACAUCAGCCUGGAGGAAUUUGAUGAUGAGGAUUUAUCAGAAAUUACAGAUGACUGCGGAAUUGGGCUAAACUAUGAUUCAGAUCCUUAUGAGAAGGACUGUCUUAUCCUGGAGAAGAAUGACCUCCAUCAUCCAGUGUGCUCCUUCCAGGAUGACUUCCAGGAGUUUGAGAUGAUUGACGAUAAUGAUGACGAGGAGGAAGAAGAGGAGGAAGAAGUUGACCCUGAGGCCCCGCCCUCCCCCUCUGCCUCUCCUCCUGCCUCACCCUUGGGCACAACGCAGAAGAGCCGACCGACCACACUGAACCUUCAAGCGCCAGUCUCUCAGGAUUCUCUGAAUAAUAAUGGCAGUUUUUCUCCACGGAAAGCCAACUGGCAGGAAGCUCUUUGUCAUUCAUCUUCACACGGACAUUUGUCUCCUUCCCAUUUAUGCCUUGAAGACAGUACCCACCUGAAUGGCCAUUGUGCUGCAGCACCAAGUGCUGGUUCUCAAAGCAAAGGUACACCCACAAAACACUCAGGGGACACUGAACAGACACAAUCGCCACUCAGGCCCCUCCUGUACGACUUUGAGGGCAACAAACGGGAAACCCUGGAAUACGGUAAAAAAAUGUCUGACCCUCCCAUGGAAGAUUAUAAUAUGAACAUAACCUCUUCACCACCAUCUCCACUAUAUUCUCCAUUCCAUGACAGGGGGAUGUCUCCUAAACAAUAUCUCUCUUCAACAGGGUCUUUUGGUCAACACAAAAUGUCCACCAGUUCAGACACUGGAGUGGAAACCAACACGGAUAGUACCAGCCCAGUCACAACCAUACCGGUGAUAGAUGAAGUCUCACAGAGCUCUGAUACUGAGGUUGACCGUGACCUGACCACUUCCUGUUCCAAAACGUGGAUGUGCCAAUAUAGACAGGCCAAUGAUACUUACACCGUCACCUCAGAGUCAGUGGCAGAUCCCGAAGUGGAGUAUGACCUUACAUUAGAUGGCACCAGUACGUGCCUGUCUCCUACUAACCCGGUAGUUAAUGAUGCUGGUACUCCAAUAUCAGAUGAUGAACUAGAUAAGGUCUUUGACAUUGAUUAUAUGGGAAGAAAAAGCAAGGACUGUGUCUCAAAAGAACCAGAGUGUUCAUCGUAUGUUGAGUUUCCUCCAAUUGAGCCUACUUCAUUCUGCAUUUACAGUUCCCCUACAAGUCAAUCAAAUGCAGAAUUAGACAGGCCACACAGUAACAGUGAUGCAAAUGUACACUGUCACCCACCUUCUUCAUCUAAUGACACAGCCUCUCCUUCUUCUGACCCAGGCAUUGAAGCAGAUCUCAGGAGUAAAGGAAGGUACAUGCCAUCUGGUAAUCACACUGACGAUUUUAGCUCUCCAGGUUCUGAUUCUGACAUUGAAGGAGAAAUAGAGGCUGCCUUUGCCUGUGGAGACCACUUGGUCAAUAACAUGAUCUCAUCUAUCUCUGAGACAGAGUUGGACCUCACCAGUGAGAGCAGCAGUGGCCGGUCCUCACACCUCACCAACUCUAUUGAAGAAGCAAGCUCUCCCGCCUCUGACCAAGAGCUUGAGACAGAGUUAGAGGCAGAGAGUGGCAUAAUUGGCAUCAAGGCCUCCUUGCUUCUUGGGCAGUCCGAUCCUUAUGAAGUUACUUCACCAACGUCAGAACUGGAAGUCAAACCACAACUUGACGAUGAUCAAGCAUUAAUGGGUCUUCAAAAUAUUGAUGGACUUACAUAUGAACACAUCGCAGACCCAGAUGAAACCUUGCCACCAACAGGUCGUGGCGAAGACCACCUCAUGAGACAAUUAGUUCUUAAGAUUGAACCUGACCACAGCUUAGAGAGUUUCAAGAGGUCAUUUUACCUGCCGAUAGGGCCCAAACUGAUGCCUGAUAUGGACAAUGAAGAAGGUAAUAGUGAAUAUGAUUCAGAGUCUGAUUCAGAAGCUGACCUGAGCGAAGACGCUGACUCCCCCUGGCUCCUGAGUAACCUUGUAAAUAAAAUGAUUUCAGAAGGCUCUUAUCCCAUAAGCUGUCCAGAGGAGUGCUUCAAGAGGUCUGGCUCAGUAUCUGACACUAUUUCGCCAAUGUCAGAUUUGGAGACAGAUGCUUUUAAUGAACCCCUAGACAGGCAAGCCCACCAGUUGAGUUUGAGUACUGAUGCAUGGACAAACAACUCUAAGGAAGGCCUCUUAGAUACAGAGACUAACAAAGAAAGUUUUUCAAAUAAGGAACCAGACGGCAGUGAAGGCUGCAGUACUUCAGACUUCAGAAGCAAAGCCAAAGAUAAGAUUAUAAACUCUGAAUGUAAACUAGAUUCAGAUGGCACCAUUGAAAUUUCAGGCCUGUGUUUAUACAUGAGUAACCCUACCAAUGAUACAAUCACUCCAGUCUUUGUUGAUCGAUGUAAUAGUUCAGUAAGUGCACACAAUAUGAAAAACCAAGGAAUGUGUGCAUCUGAUACAGAUAAAGCCUAUAGGCAUAUCGAGGAUUCAUCUGUUAGCCUUACAGUUGCCAAGUCUACAAAGAACCUUAAAGAGGACACAAUGGAGCCUAAUAAUGAUCUAUCUAUAAAUUCAAAUGGAUCAGUAUCUCCAUCUGCAAGUGAGCAGCUAGACACUGACAAAGAUGAAGGCAGAGAAGACACAAGUGUGUUUGAUCGUAUUAAAGAGGUUAAGAACAGUUUGACUCUUGAUAUUCCCAUUGUCAAAACAAACAGGUGCUUCAACUUGACCUACUCCACUGACAAAGAAGAAGAAUCAUUUCUUGAGAGCAUCAAGAAGUCUCCAUAUCAUGAUCACUGCUUGGACAACUCCCCUUCUAUGAAUGAUAACUUAAAAGAACUCCCUCCUUUAGAUGUGUUGGCACCCAAGCAGAGAGAUGAAUCCCUGGCUUACGACUCCAUUAAGUACACUCUGGUGGUGGAUGAAAACACAACCCUGGAGCUGGUUAGCUUGAAAAGAUGCACCUCUGUCCUGAGCGAUGACAGCGAGAUCUCCACCAUCUGUGACAAUUGUGACCUGGAGGGGGACAAUGAAUUUGAUGACAAUGUCGAUGGACCAGAAGUCCUCAGCUCAUCUGAAGAUUCAUCCCCUGAAGCUGAUGUGCAGUUUUCCAAGAAGUUCUUGAACGUCUUUGUGAACAGCACAUCAAGAUCCUCAAGUACGGAGUCAUUUGGCCUUUUCUCAUGCACAAUAAAUGGAGAAGAUAGAGAACAGACCCACAGAGCUGUCUUCAGGUUUGUCCCUCGGCACGAGGAUGAAUUGGAGCUGGAUGUGGAUGACCCGCUCUUUGUGGAAGUGGAGGAAGAUGAUUACUGGUACAGGGGUUACAACAUGCGCACUGGAGAGAGGGGGAUUUUUCCAGCGUACUACGCUCAUGCAGUGGUGAGCCAAGCCAAAGAAUUUAUUGGAAGGAAGAGGAAAACAGGCUGGGUGGAGAGGUACAACGUUCAAUUCCUGGGCUCAGUGGAAGUCCCAUAUCAUCAGGGCAACGGUAUCCUGUGUGCUGCCAUGCAGAAAAUUGCAACUACAAGGAAGCAAACUGUCCACCUGAGGCCUCCAUCCACUUGCGACCUGGAAAUAAGCCUUCAAGGGGUCAAACUGGUCAUGAGCUUGGAUGAGUAUGGAGUGGACGAUGAGUUUGACAGGUGCAGUCACUUCUUUCAGAUGAAGAACAUCUCCUACUGUGGCUGUCAUCCUAAAAACAGCUGCUACUUUGGGUUUAUCACCAAGCAUCCGGUUCUGAACCGCUUUGCCUGUCACGUGUUUGUAUCCCAGGAGUCAAUGCGCUGUGUAGCUGACAGUGUGGGACGAGCAUUCCACGAAUAUUAUCAGGAGCAUCUGGAGUAUGCCUGCCCCACAGAGGACAUUUAUCUGGAGUAAGAUGGUUCAUACCAAUCCCUGGAUCUGUAUGUCCUUCAGGCACACCAUAGUGGGGGGUUCUCAAGCUAUUUUCUCUUGUAAAAUACAUUUUCUUUCCAAAGUGGGAUCUUUAUUUCUCCCUUUGCAUCAUGCCCACAAUGAAUGUCCAUGGGUUUAUUUUAUUUAUUUUUGGGGUUUUAGGUAAACAGGUUGGCUUAAGAACAGUCUUUUAAACAUCAACCAAAAUGGGGAAAAUACUCUACUACUGUACAUGUCUGACUUUCAUGCAUGUCUUUAACACAAAAAAAUACAAAGUGUGAUUUAAAUAUAUAAAAACAUGUCUCUAGGGGAUUGUACAGCCUUUGUAAAAGCAGUAGAAAGAAAUUCUUCAAAUUGUUUUUGUCUGGUUGAACUGGGAGCCUUGAGAUGUGAAUUUGAAUAAGUUUAACAAGAUGAAAUUAGUGCAAGCCAAAUGACUAUGGACAGAAGCAGGCAUGUGCAGGUCUACUGCUGCAGCACACACACACAAGACACAUUAACUCCAUAACUGGGGAAGUGGGGCUAUAAAAUGCCAGCCAGUGUUUGAUAUUCACUGUAUAUAUGUAUAGACAGCGAAGACAAGAGAGGCAACUCAUUCAUUUGUUAGGUGUAAUUAACAUCCAUAAUAAUUAUCAAAAGGUCAUUUCAGGUUAACUGCCGAUAGGUUGUGUUUAAGAAAACCUCAUUCAAAGGUACUAGAUGGCAGCACAGUCCUUACUGGCACAGAGAACAAUUUAGUGUCACGAUAAUUAAAACCAACGAAUUGAAAAGAACGGCAUGAUAAAUUAAUCUUUUGUUUGUAUGAUUGUGUGCUAAUGCAUAGCGGUUGUAAAUAUUAAAAAUAAUAAUAAUAAUAAUAAUGAUUUUUGAUUUGAGAAGGCAUUGAUGCUAAACCUUUCUGAGCACCACUGAGCAGUGGCAGUUUGAUGGUGUCCAUUCAUUAGUCAGUAUCAACAAAGGCAGUCCAAUCAUUCCAGCCAUGCAAGUUGUCCAAUUACUGAUAUUGUGCACUGCAGCCCAAGGUCACAGCCAGUUGCUGCACUCAUACUCUGCUGGUUUCACUCUGGUUUGUAACUUGUAUAAACCAAUAUAUAUAUAUAUAUAUAAAGGGAAUAGAAGAGUGGUUCUUGGUUUGAUGAUGUUACUGAAAGGCUUAACAUCCCAAAAGAUCUUCAUCCUGUUGUACAUUGUGUUUGUCUGCUUUCUCCCCUUGUGUGUCUGUCUGUGCUAGCUAGAGAAGGUUUUCUGAGGAGAGGUUAUUUUAAUCUUUCUUCACAAUAUUUUCUGUGAACAGCCUUUACAUGAAACAGUUGUGAUGUGAAUUAUAUAGCCAAUGGAACAUGUUCACACGUGUCCCUCUGCUGGUCAUUAUCUGCAUUGAUGUUUGUUUCAGGUUUCACAUAUCUAAGGGUGCUGUGCAUUCACCAGAUUUUCCUCUCUCCUUCCCAAUAGAGAAGACUUAUAGCAUCUUCUGUCAGCGAGUUGAAAUCCAGUGUUUCUCUUAUAUCACAAGGUUUCUCAUAAAGAGUGCACUUACUCGGAAUACCGCAAGCCCUGGAUAUAAUCUUUCCAAUGUAUUAGGAACAUUAUAUUAAAUCUGCACACACACACACACACACACACACACACACACACACACACACACACACACAUAUAUAUAUAUAGAUAUAUUGAUCUCAGUAACUAAUAAUUGAAAGUACUGCUGAAUAUUUCCUACUCUGCAAACUAUUGCUCUGCUUAUUCAAAGUGAAUAUAAAAUCAGCAUUUCACUUUGCAAUGCUAAUGUGAAAAGAAAAAAUAUAUAUGGCAGACUGGGACUGUGAUUGAGUGACCAGGGUUCCAAAAGAAACUUGUAGCUGACCCCUGCAAGUGUAAUUACACGAAUAUGUAUUCUGUUUGUCACAAGGACAGGUUCUAUUGUCCAGUGGCAUAGUGACUUAUAUCCAUCUUGUAUAGCAGACAUGUAAUGUCAUGUUUUAUUUAAUCUCCCCUCAGUCUUUCUGUCUCAGUAACAUUCUACGAAGCCACCCCCCCAAUCCACACACACUGUUUCUAAAACUCCAAUGUGUCUGUAAUUAAAAGGUGUGCAAAUGUCAAGAAUUAACCUGUCUAUUUACCUAUUGUAAAUAUUUUUUUGAAAACGAAUUACUUCUUUAGCAAAAUCUUGUUACAGCUUAUUUAAAUGGUGUAGCAGCUUCAAGUUUAAAGACAAAAUGAUAUGCUAUAAAUACUGAGAGCAAAUUUUGAAAACCCUGAACAUCAAGGAAAUAUACCACUCAACUAAGACCAUUAAUGCUAUUCUGUUUAUAAGUAGUUGCAAUUACCAGUUGAAUUUAACAAGUAGCAUUCAUUAACAUUCAGAAGGGCAUUACUAGUUUUAAACGUGCUCAGGCUGUUUUUAUAGUGUUGAUACACUGCAAAACAGUAACAGUGAGUGCAUCAUGAUGUCAUGAUUGAUAAUAACAUUGUAUUAUCCUAUGUGAAUAUUGGAGAACUGCUCUGUCAUUCAACCUUGAAGUGACUGUAAAGACCAUGACAUUUCACCUUCACGCAUGACUGGCCUGCAUGGACCACCUGUGUUUAUCUGGGUAGCAUUUUGUAUUCCAUCUACUAUACACAGCAAUUAUUGCUGAAUUAUGCAUCCCAACAACUCCUGUAGGGAUUUAAGUACAGCAACCUUCUUCCAGAUCAGUGAAACGUCAUCCAUUGAGACUGUAUGGCAGUCAAGCGUCCAUUAGGUUGUUUAGUUUUCCGUUGCCUUUCAUUUGAUCUUUCUCUAAUGAGUCAUGUGAGUUGCCUGUUUUUCCAGUACGUGUGGUGCAGAAGGGCCUACAGUCCUAUGCUCAGGCUCAGCUCAUUAUUAUACUGCUGUGUCUGCUCAUUUAUACCUAUUGCAUAAAGCACAUUUGAAUGGAAAUAGAAUUCCCUUUUAUUAAUUUAUAUUAAAUUGGUACUGAGACUAGUAUCUAGUAACUUUUGGGAGUUACACUCAAAGUUUUAAAUUCAGGAGUUGGCUUAGCCUUUAGAGCACCAAAUAGUCUAAUUAAAUCUGCUACAAAAAUGCUUGCAAAUUCAUCCUGAUAAAUUUUAAAAUUAAGUUGUUAUCUAAAAUGAAAACAUAGAAAACAUAAACAUUUUGAAUGAUUUAUUACUGUAAAUGAACAUACCCCCAUAGCAGUUCACACAGAGCUUGGUUGCUAAAUUGCUAAUGGUAGUAGAGGCCAACUUAUUUAAAUGGAAUAUUUACCAAACAAUCAUUAUUUAUUUCCUUAUUAUAGUGAAUUGAUGUGUGUGUGUCAUGGUGUCUAAGUUCCUGCUCUCUUUAUUGGAUGGAUAAUUGUCUGAUGGUUGAAAUUGUUGACCUUGAGCAAGCUUCUGAUGAAAUUAGAUAACUGUUCAAUACUUAAGCUUAGAAGAGAAUGACCAUUAAAGUAAAGUCACACCAAGCAAUGAAAUCCAAUUUUAUAUAGGAAUACAAUGUUUGUAAUCCGAGAAUAUAAUAAAAAAUAUGUUAUUUACAGAGUAGAUUGUGAUGUAGAUAUGUGCUGCACCCUCUAUAAUAAUGCAAAUAGUUACAUCUUUCCAGACAUAUUUCAUUUUAAUAGUAUUCUCAAGGCAACCAAAAGUGGUAAUCAAACUGGGUUGAGACUGGAAAAACAAUAAAUAACAAUAAUGUAAAAUACCAUCUGCUAUUCUUGAUCAUUAUAAUUCUAAUAUUGGAAUAUACAAAAAAUAAAAAAUAACAUAUCUUGUGUAGUUUAGCCUCAAUGCCAUUUAAAAAGUGUACUUUUUUAGAGUAAAUUAAGCAAUGAUACAAUUAUAUUAAAGCAUCUGUCAAGAAAUAAACUGCGCAGGACACGUGUUUUCUUUGAAGGUAAUAUUAUUAAUUUAUUUGUUUAUUUAAUAACCAAAAUUCAUUUGUAUUUGUUAUGGACCGCUAUGUGAUAAGCAAGAUUAAUUUUGUACAAACACUGCCAAUAUUUGUGUAGAGGUUUGUGCAAGCAUGUCUCUGCCAUGCAGCAGUAGUUUUGUAUGGCAAAUGGCAUGCACUGUUUGUAGUAUAAGAAACAUUUGUGUAUGAACAAAUGUUUACUUUUCCCUGCUCUGGAAAAGUGCAGAUUUUUUUUUAUCACAUUUCCAUACACAAAACGCAUUGCAAAUUGCUACGGUAUUCUUGAUAAUCUGUUCCAUUUCUAUUUAUUUCUGCUGACAUGACCAGUUUUGUUUUGAUGAAAGAGAGGCUUAUGGCAUUUUAAAAACUAACAGCUACUUCUUUCCUGCUCUCCUUCCCCCUCCCUGACCGGCACAAUUUCUCAAAUGGAUUCUUCUAGCUGUAUGAUCCAUAAUGAUGUAACUUUGAAAUUAAACUGAUAUUCCUCACUGUAUAACUAUAACACAUCAGUAUGGAAUAAAUAAUAUUAUCUUGUAUCUUUAAAAAAAGGACUUGUAAAAAAAACACAAAAAAAAUCUUUAUUCACACUGCCUUGUCAUGGAUUUGGUCUUAUGAAUAAAAUAUAUGCUUGGUGUCAA